CUGCAGCUGGAUGGCUGGAUAGGAUGAACAAAACCCGUUAGUGAGGUUUUUUUGAAAAUACGUUUCUUAUUUACAAAGCGUCACUGAACAGGAAGCUGAAGAAGCGAAAACCCAUGAACUAUGGCCAUAGUCAAGAAGGAUGACAGAUUGACAAAUUCUCAAAGUUUACUAUGCGUCGGCUUUUCCGGAAUUUUUAGCAAAACUGCAACUUCGCCGCUGGAGGUCGUAAAGAUUUUGAGUCAGAUAGGAACAUUUCACUGUAAACGCGGUUUCCUGCACAGCUUUGUUUACAUAUAUCAGAAUGAGGGACUUCGAGCAUUUUGGAAGGGUAAUAUGGUUUCCUGUCUACGGUUGUUCCCCUAUAGUGCCAUACAUUUAGCAACGUACAAAAAGUUUGUCCACCUACACAUUGAUGAACUUGGUGAUAUCUCACAAUGGAGGGCCAUAGUGGCAGGUGGGCUUGCAGGGAUAUCUGCCGCUUUAGCAACAUAUCCAUUGGAGGUGGUUGAAACCAGGCUUAUUGCUAAGAACUGCAGACAAUCAACUUACAGAGGGCUUCUGCAUACUUUUUCCAGCAUCUACAGAAAUGAAGGACUUCAAGCUCUCUACAGGGGCUUUUCCCUCACAAUAUUAGGCGCUGUUCCCUUCUCAGUCGGCUGCUAUGCGGUGUAUGUCAACUUGGAUAAGCUGUGGCAGGAGCGACACGUUCGCUUCACGUCUUUUCAGAAUUUCAUCAAUGGCUGUCUUGCUGCAGGAGUUGCUCAGACUCUCUCCUUCCCCUUUGAAACUGUUAAAAGGAAGAUGCAGGCCCAGAAUCUUCUUCUGCCACAUUGUGGAGGAGUUGAUGUCCAUUUUAAUGGGAUGAUGGACUGUUUCAGACAGGUCAUCAAGAACAAAGGUGUCAUGGCUUUAUGGAGUGGCCUUACAGCCAACAUGGUGAAGAUUGUCCCAUAUUUUGGCCUGCUCUUCAGUUGCUUUGAGAUGUGUAAGCAAGUCUGCCUUUAUCGAAAUGGCUAUAUUGUUUCUCCACUAAGCUACACACUUAAACCAGGGGUUGACCAAAGCAUGGGCCCAUAUGAACUGGAAGAGUUUAAGCGCUACUUGAGAAACAGAAAAUCCCAUAGAGCACAAAGUACAUCCAUAGGAAACCGCUGGUAAUGUGGAGUCCCCUAGACACUGUAAUAAAUGAAAGAGGAGUGAGUAGAAAAAUGGUGCUCUCUAGUGUUUUGUGAGUAUGUGCAUUGAUAUGAGUGGGGGGUGGGAGUUUACUGCCUGAUGUUGGAACUCAUUCUGUGCAUUUUUCACAGUGGUACACAGCGCCGUAUAUUUGGUUUUUUUUAAUGAAUAUUGUACCUGUCAUUGUAUUUAACCUACGAUCAUGCCGUUUUAGGGAUCCUGCAUAUACUGUAUAUAAUUGAAGCACAACACACAUUCUUCAGUUUAUCAGAUAUAUUAGAUAAAGACCAGAGUUUAAGGCUCCUUUAAGGGAGUAUUAAAGGUGCAGUUUCGUUUCAGUGUUAUCAUUUAUUCCUUUUGCUUUACACUCCACUAAAAUUGUGUUGUUGUUUUUUAAGAACUGUGGAUAUGUAAAGUCUUUAUUCAUUUAAAUCACUUCUCAGGAAAUAUGUUGAACAUCAUUUCAACAGUAUAGAUCAAUGCCUUUUUCAAACAAAUCUUUAGUCUUUCACUGGCUUUAAGCUCUUUCUGUUAUUUAUUAGCCUGUGUUUUUAAGGUCAUAUUUUGAUGCAAUUUUAGCAUUGGCAUACUUGAUGAUUAAUCACUGCAGUGUAAUGUGAUGUAUUCUGCUGAUCUGGAUACUGUACAUGGUAACCCAGUAAAAAAUGCCUCUGAUCGAGCUGUAAAAAGACAAGAUCAGUUUAGUAAAAGUGCAUUAGUGUGUUUUUCAUUCAGAGGAAUAAAAAAAAAAAAAAAAAAAAAAUUG